AGGAACCAGCAGUCAGUUCCUCCAGACAACUCUACCCACAACAUGAACACUAAGAUCUUGAUCCUUUUGGGUGUGGCAGCCCUGGCAGCAGCAGACAGCCGGGAGACCUUCUCUUAUGCUGCUCCUCGGAGGGCUUCUUCUGACGAGUCUUAUGAGUCUAGUGAGGCUCAGUACAACUUCAACUAUGCUGUGAAACACGAAGACUCCGGCAACGACUUCGGUCACCAGGAGACCCGCGACGGUGACGACACCAAGGGGUCGUACUACGUGCAGCUUCCCGACGGUCGUCUGCAGACUGUGAACUACAUAGUGGAGGGAGACUCGGGUUACAUCGCUGAUGUCAAGUACGACGGUGAGGCUCGCUACCCAGACUCCGACGAGUCCAGGGAGGCUCCCCGCUACGCCGCUCCCAGGCCUCGCUACUUCGACUCUAAUGAGUCCAAGUAAUCGCCAGUGUGGUCUCCAUCAUCUCGAGAGAAACCUGAUGAUCUGGCGAAGAUGAGGUUAUCAUAUCUUUGCUUUUAAAAUUAACUUAAUUUAUACAAUAAAUUAUUCUGCAUU